AUGAGUCUUCACCCAACACGUACCACCUUUAACCUAAAUAAAUAUACCCUCUCUCAGUGUAAGGGGAGGAGAUCAAGAAGAGAAUCGAGAACUUACGUUUACGCCGCCGUCGGACUUUGCUCUGGUCAGGUUGGUUUUGAGGAUGGUCAACAGAGAAGACGGUGGCGGCCGUCACGCAUCGCCGCCCUCUCCAGUGAGGUGGUCGGUUUAUGGAGAGUUAGAGCAAAAGAGGCAAAAAGGGAGAACAAGGGCUUGAGGUUGAGGAAGAAAUCUAAGAAUCAAUGGUGUUUUUUCUGGAAAUCAGUCAGAAGAGAGGUCAAUGUAUAUGUGUUGUUGUUGCAUGCUGAGAAUCCAUACAUUUAUGUUGUUGGAACUUUGGUUCUUUUUGGCCGGCCUCGAUCCUAUGGUGGUGGUAGUGAUUUUGGUGUGCUCUGGUUCCAAGAGGGAAUUUGA